CUUUAAUCAGUAUGGGUAAGCCAAAGUAUAUUUUAUUAGUCAGACACGGAGAAAGUGAAGGAAAUUGUGAUAAAUCAGUUAAUAGAUUUACACCAAAUCAUAUAGUGGCCCUUACGGAACAGGGACAUAUUCAAGCUUUAAGAGCAGGACAGGUGUUGAAAGACUUUCUACAACAAGAAAUCUUAUCGGAUGUUUGUAAGAAAGUUCGGAAUCCAAAAAGUAUAAUGUUUUAUACGUCACCGUAUUUAAGAGCACGACAAACGUGUAAUAAUAUAAUUGAAGGAAUUAAAGAUUUACCCGGAGUAGAAUAUAACAUCCAUGAAGAGCCCCGAAUGAGAGAACAGGAUUUUGGGAAUUUCCAAAGCACUCCAGAAGAAAUGGAAUCAAUUUGGGAAGAACGAGCUCAUUAUGGGCAUUUUUUCUAUAGAAUCCCCCACGGAGAAAGUGCUGCUGAUGUUUAUGAUCGUAUUGCUAGCUUUAACGAGACGCUAUUUCGACAAUUCCAGCAAGACGAUUUCCCCAACAUUUUGAUCUUGGUUACCCACGGAAUAUGGGCAAGAGUGUUUUUAAUGAAAUGGUUUCGUUGGUCUUACGAAGAAUUUGAAUCCUUAAGAAAUAUCCCCCAUUGCCAGUAUCUAAUCAUGAAACGUUGUGAAGAAAACGGCAAGUUCUGCUUGAAAACUCCUUUGAAAACUUGGGAUGAGUUACCAGAAUCAGAUAUCGAUGAUGAAGAAGUACAAAAAGAGUUUAAAGAUGAAGUUACCUUCAAUACCAAGGGGAAAAUUCAUAAUCCUGAAGACAUGGAUAUCUCUUCCAUCUUGCGAGCUCAGAAAAACGCCAUCAAGGCUUCUAGAAGUAAAGAUCGGGAAAUCAAAAAACAAUUUGAGUCAAUUAAACAUGGCUCCAAUUACUCUGAUAAAAUAAAGUCCCGGUUUAAACUAGAAAACCAAAGCGUAGCCAACAGCGUCGAAGACCUAUCGAAGUGACCGCGUCGAAGACCUAUCGAAGUGACCGCGUCGAAGACCUAUCGAAGUAGUCUCCGUAAACAGUCUAUAGUACAUUAUUUAUUCAUAAAUCAUAUAUUUAUCAUUAUCCUAUUC